AGGCUCGCUGCCGCGAUGGUGGGCGGGCUGUGCCGCGGUCUGCUGGACUACAAGACGGCCAAGUUCGCGCUGACGCGGAACUGGCGGGUCGGGCUGCUGCACCGCCUGCUCCAGCUCGGUGUGCUGGGCUACCUGCUCGGGUGGGUGCUGCUGGUGCAGAAGGGCUACCAGGACACCGACCGAGCCCCCCGCGCCGCCGUCUUCACCAAGCUGAAGGGGGCGGCUGGCGCCGAGGUGCGGGGCGCGGGCCGGCGGCUGUGGGACGCGGCGGACUACGCCCGGCCCCCGCAGGGAGGAAACGUGCUUUUCCUGGUGACCAACUUCAUCGCUACUGCCGGGCAAGCGCAGGGCACCUGCCCCGAGAGCCCCUCUGUUCCCGCUGGGAUGUGCACAGAAGAUGCAGACUGUCCCGUGGGAGAGCCAGUGGUUCAUGGCAAUGGGAUAAAAACUGGGAAAUGCGUCAUGUUCAACACCACACAUUCCACCUGUGAGAUCUACGGCUGGUGUCCUGUGGAGCACAACACCCUGUCCAGGAAACCUCUUCUGGCUGAGGCAGAGAAUUUCACUCUUUUCAUAAGAAAUACUGUCCACUUCACCAAAUUCAACUUCUCCAGGUGCAAUGCUCUGCAGACCAAUGACCCCUACUAUUUCAAGAGCUGCACAUAUGACCCAUCCCUCAGCCCCUUCUGCCCCAUCUUCCGUGUGCGUGACAUGGUGGAGGAAGCUGGAGAGACCUUUGGAGACCUCGCACUGCUGGGAGGGAGCAUCGGAGUUCGCAUUGAAUGGGACUGUGACCUGGAUCGCCCUGCGGCCCACUGCCAGCCUCAGUACUCCUUCAGCCUGCAGGACAGGAGGUACAAUUUCAGAACUGCCUCCUACUACUGGGACUCCCAGCGACGGCUCUAUCGGACCCUGCUCAAGCUCUAUGGGAUCCGCUUUGACAUCUCCGUGCACGGGCAGGCUGGGAAGUUCAGCAUAAUUCCUGCUGCUGUGAGCUUUGGCACUGGCAUUGCGUUCUUUGGUGCUGCCACGGUGGUCUGUGACCUGGUUCUGCUCUACCUGGAUGCAAAAGCUGACUUCUAUUGGAAGGAGAAGUUUGAGGAGGUGGCAGUGGAAGAGAGGGACCAGACCAGUGCCCUGGCUGCAGGGAAACCUGAACCACGACCUCAACUCCUGUUAGAAAACAGGGAGUCCCUGAGAGGACCUUACCACAGAACCUGACCCAGCUUGACAUUAUUCACCCUCUUCCAAACUGAGUCUGGCCAAACUCCACGUGCCAAGGGCAGCUCUCUCAGGGUGCUGGAGCUGUCAGCUCAGUGCUGCCCAGCCCUGGGGAGCUGGGGGGUCAGAAGGGGUGGGCUGGGGAGGGGGCCUGCAGAGCAGGAAAGCUGCCAGCCUUGUCUUGGCUCGUCUUCAGCUUUAUCUGGCUAAGUGUUAGAAGCCUCUGAGGACACAGAUCUCCUGGUGAGCUGCCCCAGGGCUGCACCGUUCCACUGAGGGGAAAAAGCUAUCCCUAAUGCUUGCUCUGAGUCAGGAGUGGAGUGGGGGUAUCAAAAAACGCAUCUGGCCGAUGGGACUGAGCAGAGCAGGACCCCCCACUUGGGGUUUCCCCUUC